AUGGAACUUGAGUUAGAUGCUUUCUCGCCGGAGAUUCUAAAUGGAAUAAAUUGUUCAGGUCUACCACCACACAAGUUGGUUUUGAAGGUUGGCGCUCCUGUUAUGUUGCUGCGGAAUAUAGACCAAACUAAUGGUUUGUGCAAUGGAACGAGGAUGCAAGUUAGAAGAAUGGGAAAUUAUGUGAUAGAAUGCAAGACUUUAACUGGUAACAAAGUUAGAAGUAUUGUUCUUAUCCCAAGAGUGAAUCUAAUUCCAAAUAAUGAAACAUUGCCGGUCAGGUUUCAAAGAAGACGAUUCCCAAUUAUCAUGUCAUUUGCAAUGAUAAUAAAUAAGUCCCAUGGACAAACUCUAUUGAAACUUCCAAGGCCAGUUUUCACCCAUGGUCAAUUGUAUGUUACGUUAUCAAGGGUAACGAGUAAAGAUGGUCUGCGAGUGCUGUUGCAAGAUCAUGGAUACUUGGAAGAUAACUGCAUGAUGAAUGUGGUAUAUAGAGAAGUUUUUGAGAGCCUAUAA